CGUCUUGCACAAAGCUGCCUACGAACGACUUGCAACUCCGUCAAAUCACACGAAGAGGUGGAUGAUUUAAAAACAUCUAUAUUGUCUCAGUUUUACCACUGUCUCUGGCGCUCAUAAAGAAUAUUGUACGCCCUCGCAAUUUUCGGGUUUAUUUGACAAAUCUACCAGCCUUCUACAAUUUUUGCAUUCAAGGGUACAGAUUUUUUGUCCGGGAAUCCGUGCUGUGUAUUUUUGGGGCUCAUAGCCAGUGCAGCAUACCCACACAGCAUGUCUGAAUCUCCUGAUGGAACAGACUCUGUUGGAGAUAUGAACGACGAUGGACAACUAACUAUCCGGAUUCCCAAUCCCAAGAUGUUCAUGGCUCGCCAGUCGCAAUGGAAAGGACGCCGAGGGAAGCCACGGUGUGAUCACUGCCGGAUGAAUAACUUGAAGUGUGAUAGAGUGCUUCCAACUUGCAAUCACUGCUCGUAUGCGAACGGGAGGGACUGCAGAUAUACACCUUUACCAACACCUGCUCACCGAGGAAUCCCGCGGUGUGAUCGUUGUCGUCUCAGAAAUAUGAAGUGUGACCGUAACUUGCCGGUUUGCAACCAUUGCGCGGAAGAAGAGAGUGCAACUGAGUGCAACUAUACUCCUAAGAAGAGGCAUAAAGUUCCAUCCGAUCAUGGCAUGGCGAGAGACAGGCAGACGGCUCCCUACGGCGCAAAGACGGCGUCUUUUCUGGUCUCUGACGUGCCGUCGCCAGAGGAGCACACCUCUAGAGACGGCCAUAGUUUUUAUGGACAAAACGUGGCGUCAUCAUCGAGGAGUCGUGAUGCAUCAGAUUCAUCCGCAUCCCGUGUUAGGGGUGGCUCCCAAGAGGGUGAACCUUCACUCUAUUCGCAUUUUGGUCGAUUCACUCCUGACUACAAUGGCCAAGGAUGGCCCUCCAGUUCAGGGCUCCAAAAAGAUACCCCACGCACCCAGCCCAAUAACCCAAUCUCAUUCAUCUCGCAUUCCUUUCCUUCUGACCAAGGGAUGGUAGUCACGAAAUCCCUUGUUGAAUCAUGGGCACAUACAGUCGUUUGCGCCUUUGCCCGAUGCGUCGAGAUGCCGAGUCGAGCGUCCUUUGAGGAUAGCCUUGCACAGUUCCUCCACGAUCUGCCGCAGGACCUUCAUGAAACUGCUGCAUUUGCACCAAAUAUUUACGCUGCCACGUCACAUGCGUUGUCGAAAGGCAGCGUCGACGGUCUUUCAGACCGGCUGCGCACGUGGUUGACAAUUCAUCAUGUGCGACUGGGAUCUGAGAAAUCCCACCUUCUCUUGAUACCACGGGACUCUUUCUUCCACCUCGAGGUCGCAGAAGAAGAGAAGCUCAGGAAAGACUAUAUCGGGCACAUAGACAAUCGCGGAAAGGCUUCUUCAAAAGUCGAUGCUGUUGAUCACGACUUCGGUGGAUUUGAGUGGACGAGAGCUUUUGAGCGCAUUCCCGUGCAAAACCAGAUCUACGAUAUUCUUGUCUACGCUCAUCGAGCUCAUGGCUCAUCUUCUUCAAUGCUAUUUGAGGCAAGGCGCAUAGGAAUGGCUACCAUAACCUGGCCGAUGGUCGAGAUGUUCAUUCGUCUGUGUCCCCUAUGCAAUCUGCGAAACAAGUCGGGUCACAGGUGUAAAAUGGUGUCCAAGAUCGACACUAUUGUUAUAUCACGAUAUCUGGGAAGUAUAUCUUAA